AUGAGUGACAUCAACAAGACCUGGGUGACAGAAUUCUUCUUUCUAGGACUUUCUGAUGAUCUUCAAAUUCAGCUAUUUCUCUUCAUACUCUUCCUGAUAGUCUACUUGGUUACUCUGCUUGGAAACCUGCUUCUCAUCUCCCUGGUUCUGAUUGACUCACAACUCCAUACAUCCAUGUACUUUUUCCUUUGCAACUUGUCUUUGGCUGACCUGGGCUUCUCUACUUGUAUUGUUCCCCAAGUUCUUGCCCACAUGUUAUCCAGAAGAAAAGUCAUUUCCUUCAUAGGCUGUGCAGUUCAGCUUCUUUUCUGCGUCAUUUUAGGAGGUACAGAGUGUGCACUGUUAGCUGUGAUGUCCUAUGACAGGUACUUGGCAAUCUGUGACCCCAUGCACUACCCUAUCAUCAUGACAUCGAGGCUAUGUGGCCACUUGGUCUUGGGUUGCUGGAUCAGUGGUAUUCUAGUGGCUUUGGUUCACACCACAUUCACAUUGCGACUCCCUUACCAAGGAGAUAAUAGAAUUGCUCAUUUCUUUUGUGAGUCCCCAGCCCUCUUAGCCUUGGCUUCUGCAGACACCCACAGCUCAAAGAUGGCCAUUUUCUUAAUGGGUUCUCUGUUUCUUCUUGCACCUGUGUCUCUGAUUCUGGCAUCCUAUGGCUCCAUUAUAGUGACUGUGAUCAAGAUGAAGACAACCUCAGGGAGACGUAAAGCAUUCUCCACUUGUGGCUCCCACCUCCUUGUAGUCAUUAUUUUUUAUGGGUCAGCUAUCAUUAACUAUAUGAGACUUAAACCCUCAAAAGAGGAGGCAAAAGUGGCAUCUGUAUUUUAUGCUGUGAUAAACCCCAUGCUUAAUCCCCUCAUUUACAGCCUGAGGAAUAAGGAUGUGACUAAGGCACUUAGAAACAUAGCCAAAAAAAGGAAAUGCUUCAUAUCCUGAUUAUGUCACUGUCAUUCAUUAUAGCAUUGUUUCUUCACUC